UAUUCUGUGUUCUCUUCUAAACUUCUCAACAAUAUGGCCCCAUACGAUCGAGAAGAUGAUGCUGCUGCAGGUGAACCAACGCUUCUUUGGAUUCUUGCGUUUGCUAUUAUCGAAAGUCUUCCCUGUAUCAUAAUUUGUGUCGCUUUUGGAGGUACUAUAGGUCUCGUCGCUUACUGCAUCAACAAAAGCAACAGAGAGGAACGGGAGAAUGCCAUGCGGAUCCAACAAAUGGUUAUCCAAAGGUCUAAUUCUAAUGUAAACGUCUAA